AAAAGAAGAAAGAAUAAAGCAGAGGAAAAGGCUUUAAAUAAAUAAAUCAAACAUGGAUGCGAACGCACCCAGCCCUAAUCGCAUCGUCACUCGUCGGUCGGCGCUCUGCUUCCUCGGCGACUCCUCCAGGUCAUUUUCGUGCUAAAUAUAUGCUUAUAGCAGCAGUUUCUUCCUUGCAAGGUUUAUUCAUUAUGUAAAUCUCAAAUCCAGAUUUAGUCAAGUGAUAUAAAGAAAUGGAAGACUCGGGGAUCUCAAGCUUUUGGGGACCUGUUACAUCCACUACAGAAUUGUGCGAGGAAAACUAUGCCCAUUCUUCAUAUAUUGCAGAAUUUUACAACACCAUAUCAAACAUUCCUUGCAUUCUUUUGGCACUUAUUGGCCUUACAAAUGCCCUAAGGCAAAGGUUUGAGAAAAGAUUCAGUGUUCUUCACAUUUCCAAUAUGAUACUUGCAAUCGGCAGCAUGAUAUUUCAUGCCACAUUGCAAAAUGUACUACAGCAGAGUGAUGAAACACCAAUGGUAUGGGAGAUGCUGCUUUAUCUUUAUGUUCUCUACUCACCGGACUGGCAUUAUAGGAGCACUAUGCCGACUUUUCUUUUCCUCUAUGGUGCUGCUUUUGCUGGUGUUCAUUCAUUGGUGCGUUUUGGAAUAGGAUUCAAGAUACACUAUGUUGGCCUUUGCCUUCUUUGUAUUCCUCGGAUGUACAAGUAUUACAUACAAACAAAAGAUGUUGCAGCUAAACGGCUAGCCAAGUUCUAUGUUGCGACAAUUUUUCUUGGGACCAUGUGCUGGUUGUUUGACCGGAUAUUCUGCAAGAAAUUAUCACAUUGGUAUAUCAACCCUCAGGGUCAUGCAUGGUGGCAUGUGCUUAUGGGAUUUAAUUCAUACUUCGCAAACACAUUUUUGAUGUUCUGUCGUGCCCAGCAGCUGGGUUGGGAACCACAAGUCGUUCACCUUUUUGGCUUAUUCCCUUAUGUGAAGAUUCAAAAACCCAAAAAGCAGGAGUGAGAGGAAAGCAUUUUGAGAAGUGUGGAAUGCUGGUUUUCUUUUGGAUUCUGGGAACAGAUGUUUGUCUUAGCGUGCAAGCAAGCGAUAACAUUCUGUAAAUGCACGUUUGUGACUUGGAGUUUGAUGUUUGACAUAUUUUGUUAGUCUUGGAGAUUCAUGAACUGGCGCUUGCUAUGUACCGUUCCUAAAUUUGUAAUCCAUGCUGAUAGGUUGGAUCAGGAGCGAAGUUUCUUUUUUUCUUGCAUGAUAUGUUACUAGGGUUGUAGAUUCAGAAUUGGAUUCAAUUUUUCACUUAAUCAUGUAACAGUUGUUCUUUGUGUCAUGGAAUUUACCAAUCGAGUCCAACUAGACAGUUUAACUUGUCUUAUAAUUGACUUCUGCAUGAGUGAUACAUUGUGUUAUCAGUUGCUUUGUA